AUAAAACCUUCUCCAGAUCCAAACAAUUUUUACCUCUACUUGAAAUAUAAAUGUAUAAAAAUUACAUGAUUGUACUGCAAUGAAUAUCUAAAUUGUAGAACGGAGCAUGGAAUGGAAGGAUCAUGCCCACUCCUCUUUCCCAGUUUCGGGGAGCAGAGCGGCUCUGAACGGGGAGGAGGCUACUCGUCGCAGAAGGUCGGCGUUUAUCGACCAGGUGCGGAUACUAUCGACUUGGGCUACCACACCCUCGACAAUAAUGCUUGCCGCACUACGUCAUCAUCGUCCUCGUCAACCCCGGGUGUAUCCAGCACGCCAACUCGUCAACAGCAACAGCAGCAACAGCUACCGCAGCCUAAGCAUCAUCUGGUUCAUCACGUCGUCGUCAAUGACCUCUGCCAGCUCGACGACAAUCUGCUGCUGAGGAUCUUCAGCUGGCUUGACACCCGUGACCGUUGUUCCCUGGCGCAGACUUGCCGACGACUCUGGGAGAUCGCGUGGCAUCCGACACUCUGGCGAGAGGUCGAGGUGCGUUAUCCACAGAAUGCCACCGCGGCGUUAAACGCGUUGACGCGCCGUGGUUGUCACACCUGUGUCCGUCGUUUGGUCCUGGAAGGUGCCACCGGGUUGCCCGGCAUCUUCGCUCAACUGCCGUACCUCAAUCUGACCUCUCUAGUGUUGCGACACUCGCGUCGAGUCACCGACGCCAACGUCACCACCGUGCUGGACAGCUGUGCUCAUCUCAGAGAGCUCGACUUGACUGGCUGUCCUAAUGUUACUCGUGCCUGCGGUCGUACCACUAUUUUACAACUGCAGUCGCUCGAUCUUAGCGACUGCCACGGCGUCGAGGAUUCCGGCCUAAUGCUGAGCCUGUCGCGCAUGCCGCACCUGGGAUGUCUUUACCUACGUAGAUGCAGCCGCAUCACCGACUCCAGCUUGGCCACCAUCGCUUCCUACUGCGCCAACCUACGUCAGCUGUCGGUGUCGGAUUGCGUGAAAGUUACGGAUUUCGGGGUGCGCGAGCUGGCGGCACGUCUCGGCCCAUCGCUCCGUUACUUCUCCGUAGGCAAGUGCGACCGCGUGUCCGACGCUGGUCUGCUGGUCGUCGCCCGUCAUUGUUACAAGCUGCGCUACCUGAACGCCCGUGGUUGCGAGGCGCUCAGCGACAGCGCGACCAUCGCCCUGGCACGCGGUUGUCCGCGUAUGCGCGCUCUGGACAUAGGCAAGUGCGACAUCGGCGACGCAACUCUCGAGGCACUUUCUACCGGCUGUCCGAACCUGAAGAAGCUGUCCCUGUGCGGAUGCGAGAGAAUCACUGACGCUGGUCUCGAGGCAUUGGCCUACUAUGUGCGUGGCCUGCGGCAACUCAACAUCGGCGAGUGCUCCAGAGUCACGUGGGUCGGCUACCGCGCGGUCAAACGCUAUUGCCGACGUUGCGUCAUAGAACAUACUAACCCUGGGUUCUCCAGCUGAUGUUAUUCAAUUAACAUUAAUUAUCGUCCAUAUUAAUACUGGCCGAGCAGCAACGUGGACAUAUUCUCGGAAAAUAAGUACGAAGAGGAGAAUAUUUCGAUGAAUUCUCUGGA